GUACUGUAACCAGACCAAUCGUGGAGAGAGACACUUCCCGAUUUACCGGUCCAGUAUCCUCUGGUGCGGUUCGUGCAAUCAAUCCCACCUCAUAUCGAAAUAAAAUCAUCGUCAAACGAAAACACAAAAAACCAGGCGAAAAAUCAAAAUCUGCCACCUGAAUUUUUUUUUUUGAUGUCGCAAGCUCGAGUUUACGCUGACAUCAACGUUCAUCGCCCCCGGGAUUACUGGGACUACGAAUCUCUCGCCGUUCAAUGGGGUGAUCAAGAUGAUUAUGAGGUUGUUCGAAAAGUGGGAAGGGGGAAAUAUAGUGAGGUCUUUGAAGGAAUAAACGUAACGAACAAUGAAAGGUGCAUCAUCAAAAUUCUUAAACCAGUCAAGAAGAAGAAGAUAAAGAGGGAGAUAAAGAUACUUCAAAACCUUUGUGGUGGUCCGAAUAUCGUGAAGUUGCUGGAUAUAGUUAGAGAUCAGCACUCAAAAACCCCUAGCUUGGUUUUCGAAUAUGUCAACAGCACUGAUUUUAAAGUCUUGUACCCGACAUUGACUGAUUAUGAUAUACGCUACUACAUAUACGAGCUUCUCAAGGCAUUAGAUUAUUGCCAUUCGCAAGGGAUAAUGCAUCGGGAUGUCAAGCCACACAAUGUGAUGAUUGAUCAUGAAUUGCGAAAACUUCGGCUGAUUGAUUGGGGACUUGCCGAAUUUUAUCACCCUGGGAAAGAAUACAAUGUCAGAGUUGCUUCAAGAUAUUUUAAGGGUCCUGAAUUACUUGUAGACUUGCAAGACUACGACUAUUCUCUAGACAUGUGGAGCCUUGGUUGUAUGUUUGCUGGAAUGAUCUUUCGUAAAGAACCAUUCUUCUAUGGUCACGAUAAUCAAGAUCAGCUAGUCAAAAUAGCCAAGGUCCUCGGUACAGAUGAACUGAACACAUAUCUGACCAAAUACCGUCUUGAACUGGAUCCUCAACUCGAUGCUCUUGUUGGAAGGCACAGUAGGAAACCCUGGUCAAGAUUUGUUAAUUCAGAUAAUCAGCAUCUAGUUUCACCAGAGGCCAUUGAUUUUCUCGACAAGCUUCUCCGUUACGAUCAUCAAGACAGGCUAACAGCCAAAGAAGCAAUGGUUCACCCGUACUUUAACCAAGUGAGAGCCGCUGAAAAUAGCAGGAUGAGGAUUCAGUAGCUACAUAUUUAUUCACGCCUUUCACAAAAUCGCUAGCGUUUGUGAAUGAAUGAAUAUUUUGUGUUUGUUAAUUAUUAUGUACUAAAAAAGUAAAUUAAUUGUCGAGACUUGAACAGAUGUUCUCUUCUCGGUGGACGGAUGGUGUUCCAUUCUUUCGUGUUAGCAUUUUUCAACUCUUCGAUUAGUAUUUAAAGAUUUGUGUAUAUCACACUCGCUACUCAAUUGUGACGUUAUUUACUUACUAGUUUGGGACUUUGCUAUCGGUUUUGUUGCUGACGA